CAACCUUAAAGUUAGAAGACAAAAAUUAACAUUUAACCAAAAAGUAGCGGUGAAAAUUACGAAAAGGAGAAACUUUACUUAGAUCCCCAAACUCACCUUCAAUCUGCAAACCCUAGACCUGUUUGAUGCAAUGGCGCAACUUGAAGAAAUAGAUGAACCCAAGUCCAAGAACAAGAAGAGGAAUCAUGGGUCGACCAAGGCUUUUGUAUUCAUCGACUACAUAUUCCUCUGCAUCUUCUUUGGUUUCCUCUCUUUCCUUCUCUACAAGAUGCUCGGCUUCUGAUUCUUUGUGAUUUCCUUUUAAUCAGGAUUCACUUUACCACAUAUCAAGGUAUUUCAUGUCAGAUUAAGUUCCAAGUUUCAAGGCAUUUUUGGAUCUUGGUUUGGUUAGAUUUAGAUUAUAUGCUUCAACAUUUAUGAUAUAUUUUCUUACAUUCAGAAAUUAUGUCCAUUUAAUUGGAAAAGGAAAAUGGAAACUGUUUUCUGCACUUCUCGGCACUGUAAGUUAUGAUACUAGAAUCUAAAUAAAAUUAUAAGAAAAUUAUCUUACUGCUUUUAAUUUAUUCUUUUUAUGUAUUAUAAUUUAUAUCUCACCUUUUCAGUUUCUCUACUUCUGUCAAGAUAAAUAAGUAAAAUCUCUACCUAUAAUCUUAAGGAUAGCUAAGACAAUAACUGCUGCUCUAGAUGGUUUCUUUUUCCGCUAAAUUGGUCACAUGUUGGAUUUCUGAGACAAUAAAAGUGCACUUUCGAUGCCUUGAGAAGUUAAAUAUUUGCUUUCAAUUGAAAGGACAUUGUCAGAGUUGUCAAGAACAAGAAGAAGCAGAAUUAUUAGGAUGAUUUAUAAAACAGCUCUAAGGAGAAACCAAAUACUAUAAAUUUGUCAUCUGUGGUGAUGGGGAACUGGGGAUGGCUCUUAUUUGGAAAGCAUGUAUGUUCGUAAGUUUUCUGUUUUGCUUAUAUAUUUAUAAGCAAUUUGUUAAGUCAAAACAUAUUUUGUUACAGGUGAUGGGUGAAUUGUUUGUGUGAUCAAUUAUGUAUCAUCUCAUUUUAGAUAGAAAAAUUCCUUGACUUUAAUGUAGUUUUCAACUUAUUUAUGGGGAAGUAGGACCAUCUGUGAUGUAAAAGUUAACUGCAAGUAUUUAAAAGUUCAAGGCAAAUCACUUGGGUUUUUUUUUUCUUUCUUUAUUUUUUUUGGUACAUUUUUUUCUUUCUUUACUAGAUCUGAGAAAUUUAUGGUUAGCCCUGUGAUUAAAGGUUUGAAAGGAAUCAAAGCAUUCCAAAUUCUACUUCUCUACAAGUUCAAAUUGCUUUUUAAUGGGUUGAAUUGCUUCUUUUCUAAAUUUAUGGUCAAUAUAUAGCCCGCUAAGUCACAUCCAACUGUUCUUAAUACUCAUGAUGAAUUUGCUACAUUUUUCAUUUGCCAGUCCUCACUCUUUACUAUGAGCAGAUUUUGUGAACUAAUUGUAUGAUUGAUGUUUCAAUUGAGACAUGAAAACCAUGUUUUAUGUUUAAAUAAGGUAGAUGUCUUUUGUCUAUAAUUCUAUUAUUUAUUCUGUUCUUUGUUGGCAAUGAAAACCGUAAAUAGGGGCGUCAUUUAAGUAUUAUUUCUCUUCCUGUUUCAAAUGCCGAGACUUAUUGUUUGCGCAUGCAAACAUCGUCCUUAUUUCAAAUAAAUGAUUGUGUCUGUU